UUCAAAAUUAAAAUAAAAAUGUUUUUGUUUUUGGAGAUGGGAGAUCAAUUCAAAAAAAUACCAUGUAUGAUGAGCAUAAAAGCUGCAUAACCAUGGCAUGGGGUAUAAUUUGUGGGGUAAUUUACCGUCCGUUAUGGGUGGAACCUUACCACUGCCCGUCGUCGCGUUUACACCAGAAGGCAGCAUUCAGUUGCGCGGACGCCAUUUCUUCAUAAAUACAGACCCCGCCAGGCUGUUUACCAUGCGAAUUCUAUCGGCGUGUAUUAAAUGUUCUUGUUUUUUGUGCCGACUUGUUGGUUGAGUAGUUCACCGGAGUUUUGCGGAGUUCUCCAAGUUUUUUUUUGUUGUUGUUGACAUUCUACAGUUUAGCUGAAACCAAUGUCUAGAAUUUCAGACUCCUAGGUUUUAUUUUAUUUUUUUUUGAAUUUCGGCGAUAAAUUUGUUGUCAUCCCGGAGACCUUUGAUUUUUUCUAGAUCUCAAAUUGGGCUUCAUUCCAUUCAGAUUUAUUGAUUUGAGGAGAAACAGGGUGGGAAAGGGACAUUUUUGGUGGUGCAUGAGUAGUUGAUUCAGCUGCUUUGAUGCUGUGAUUUUUUGCACUUGCAGAGAUGGUUGGAAGUGCUGAAGGAGAAAGCGGUCAUUUGCUCCUCAAUGGGUCCGUUCGAGCUGGAAAUGGUUCCAUUGAGGAGAAAGUGGACGAGCUUCGGCGUUUAUUUGGGAAAGCAGAUGGAGAUCCAUUGAGGAUUGUGGGUGUUGGGGCGGGGGCGUGGGGCAGUGUUUUCAUAGCAAUGUUGCAAGACGCAUACGGCGGGGUUAGGGAUAAGGUUCAGAUUAGGAUAUGGCGGAGGGCAGGUAGAGGGGUUGAUAGAGCCACUGCCGAGCACCUAUUUGAGGUGAUCAAUUCAAGGGAAGAUGUGUUAAGGAGGCUGAUAAGGCGGUGUGCGUACUUGAAGUAUGUAGAGGCUAGGUUAGGCGAUAGGACAUUGUACGCAGAUGAGAUUUUGAAGGAUGGGUUUUGUUUGAAUAUGAUCGACACGCCCCUUUGCCCUUUGAAGGUUGUCACCAAUUUGCAGGAGGCUGUGUGGGAUGCUGAUAUUGUCAUCAAUGGGUUGCCAUCAACCGAAACUGGCCAAGUGUUUGAAGAAAUUAGUCGGUAUUGGAAGGAAAGGAUUACCGUUCCUGUCAUUAUAUCUUUGGCAAAAGGGAUUGAAGCCGAGUCGGAGCCUGAACUGCGACUAGUUACCCCCACUCAGAUGAUCAAUCGAUCAACUGGAGUACCCAUUGAGAACAUCCUAUACCUUGGGGGGCCUAAUAUUGCUUCUGAGAUUUACAACAAAGAAUAUGCUAAUGCUCGUAUAUGUGGUGCUCAGAAAUGGAGGAAAGUGCUGGCAAAAUUUUUGAGACAACCACACUUUAUUGUUUGGGACAAUUGUGACCUUGUGACCCAUGAGGUUAUGGGUGGUUUAAAGAAUGUCUAUGCCAUUGGGGCUGGUAUGGUAGCAGCUCUUACAAAGGAGAGUGCCACGAGCAAGUCAGUAUACUUUGCACACUGUACAUCUGAGAUGAUAUUUAUUACUCAUCUUUUGACGGAAGAACCAGAGAAACUUGCAGGUCCUCUCUUGGCCGAUACGUAUGUGACCCUUUUGAAAGGUCGUAAUGCAUGGUAUGGCCAAAAGUUGGCCAGUGGGGAAUUAAGUCUUGAAAUGGGUGAUAGCAUCAAGGGGAAGGGUAUGAUACAGGGAGUUUCUGCAGUAAAAGGCUUCUAUGAGUUGCUCAGCCAGUCAAGUCUGAACAUUCAUGAUUCCGGUGAAAACAAACAUGUUGCCGCAGCUGAACUUUGUCCUAUCUUAAAGACGUUAUAUAAAAUCCUAAUAGUGAGGUACUGCUCUGCUACUUUCCUUCAGUUAGAUUUACUGUGGUUUAAUCUUUUCUAUGACCCAAAGGGUCUUAUUUAUCGGUAGGGGUAAAGUCUGGGACUUUACCGGGCUGUUGUUGUGAUACGGGCCUAACGUUGCACGAGGAGUUAUCGGAUACGGGCCAUGAUGCUAUUCCUGCAACACGUGAAGACCAUGCAGAUUGUGAGGAGGAACGUGAGGAAGUCCAACAGACCGGACGGCCGAAGAGGAACACACGGCGACCUCAACGUU